AAUAUGCAAGGGCCGAACGGAUUGGCUUAUUGUUAUGCCCUAAACCCCAAGAGCAGAGAAGGAUCGGAUUCUCUCUCCCGCUAGCCACCCAGCUCUCGCGGAGGCGCUCUCUCAUUCACAGUCAAUCACAGCGACGUGCGUUGCUUCUCUAUCAUCUUUCGACUACUCGUUCUAGUCAUCUAUCGGAGAUAUUUUGAAAAUCCAGUUUCUGUUGUUUCCGUAGCUCUUAUUGCUCUCAGUGACUACCUUUGCUUGGUUAAUCUCCUCCUAUCAUGGCAACAAGACUUCAGUUUGAGAAUUCAUGUGAAAUUGGGGUAUUCUCCAAGUUGACCAAUGCAUACUGUCUGGUUGCCAUAGGAGGAUCAGAAAACUUCUAUAGCACUUUUGAGACAGAGUUAGCAGACGUCAUUCCUGUAGUCAAGACCUCAAUUGGAGGCACUAGGAUAAUUGGGAGGCUAUGCGCCGGGAAUAAAAAUGGGCUUCUUGUUCCACACACGACUACUGACCAAGAACUACAACACCUGAGGAAUAGUCUACCUGAUCAAGUUGUUGUCCAGAGGAUAGAGGAGAAACUAUCAGCUCUGGGUAACUGCAUAGCUUGCAACGACCAUGUUGCUCUUACACAUACCGACCUGGACAGGGAGACUGAGGAGAUUGUUGCGGAUGUACUCGGUGUAGAAGUUUUCAGGCAGACAAUUGCUGGUAACAUCCUUGUGGGCAGCUUCUGUACCUUCUCCAACAGAGGUGGCUUGGUCCAUCCCCAUACUUCCAUUGAAGAUCUGGAUGAACUUUCCACACUUCUUCAGGUCCCAUUGGUUGCUGGGACUGUUAACCGUGGAAGUGAAGUGAUAGCUGCCGGAAUGACAGUAAAUGACUGGACAGCCUUCUGUGGGUCAGACACUACAGCUACCGAACUGUCCGUCAUCGAGAGCGUCUUCAAGCUGAGGGAAGCACAGCCUAGUUCCAUUGUUGACGAAAUGAGGAAAUCAUUAGUCGACACUUAUGUUUGAGUUACUAUUAUGUUUGAGUUAUACUGUGCUAGUGACACUUUCCUUUGUAUCUUUUGUCAAAGUAUCGACAUGCAGUGUUUCUAAUUCUGUAAUUCUGCCAACGGGAUGUUUUUGUUCCAUUUUCAAGCAAAGUGUUUGAAUGUCCAUGUUGUUAGUGUUUUUUGUUAAAAGUGCAAUUUGUU